AUGCAUCAGAUGAAUAAGAAAGAUUCAACUUUGCCUUACCUUAACACUAGCAUCUCAUGGGGAGUGGCUCCAAAUGAUGCAAGGCCUGAACAUAUGCAGCAAACCACAAAGCAAAUCAGUUUUCAAGACCAGGAUUCAUCUUCAAGUCAGUCCACUGGUCAGUCUUACACUGAUGUUGCAAGUAGUGGAGAUGAUAAUACUCCUUCCAGACAAAUCUCCUUUUCAACAAAAUCAGGAUCUGAAGAAACUCAGCAGAAAGGGUUUGCAACUCAUCCGAAAUCAAGCUCCAUGACCGGACUCCCUAGUAUACACUUUGCUCCAACGCAGGCUAAUUUCUCUUUUCAGUAUGUUGAUCCACAUUAUGGUGGUAUGUUAGCUGCAACUUAUCUACCACAGGCACAAACAUGCAACCCUCAAAUGGUGGGUAUGGUUCCUGGUCGAGUUCCGUUACCAGUGGAGAUCACUGAGACUGAGCCAGUCUUUGUCAAUGCGAAGCAGUACCAUGCAAUCAUGAGGAGAAGGGAGCAACGUGCCAAGCUUGAGGCUCAGAACAAGUUAAUCAAAGCCCGGAAGCCUUAUCUUCAUGAAUCUCGACAUGUUCAUGCUCUUAAAAGACCAAGAGGAUCCGGUGGAAGAUUCCUAAACACCAAAAAACUCCCUCAAGAACAGGCUGCUGCUAAAGAACAAGAACAUGACAAGUUGGUCGAACAGGAAAACAAAAGGGCAAACAUGUCUAGAUUUGAAGCUCAUAUGCUGAAUCACAACAAAGACCGUAACUCAACCACCUCUGGCUCUGACAUUACAUCUCUUUCUGACGGCCCUGAUGUCUUCGGACACACUGGAUUCCAGUUUUCAGGUUUCCCAAUCCCAACUCAGACUAACCGAGCUAUGCUUGUUCAUGGUCAAUCCAAUGACAUGCAUGGAGGUGGGGACUUGCACCAUUUCUCUGUCCAUAUCUGA